ACAAGCCAAUGGUAAUAAGCAGAAAAAUGAUAAACGAUUAAAUUAUUUAAACUAUUUGACAAUAAGUACUCAUGGUUGAUAUGAUAUUCGAGGUAGAAAUUUGCAUACGCAUCACGCUUUUCUCUAAACAGAUCCUCUACGAAUCCAAAUACUCCAAAUACUUUAAUAUCGCGAAAUUCCACGAUUUCAAGUCUCUUAUGUUUCCUAAUUCUGCCGUAUCCUAAAUUCCAACAAGCUCCUUCAAUCUCGUCUAGACCUCUUAUCUUCACAAAUUUUUUCACGUUCUUCUGUGUAUCCCACUGAGCUCCUAGAAUUCCCUAAUAUCUCUGCACGUUUGAAAUCUCUCAAACGCUAGACAACGCUUUUACCGGAGUCUGCUUAAAGCUCAAAAUUAAUUAGGUUAAUUUCCUUUAUCCUUUCCAUCCUAAUCCAUCACAUCCUCGUCGAGUUCAACGUUGACAAUAAGGCACGAAAAGAAGAGGAAUCCUCGCGGCGCAGACUUCCAGCAAUACCACGGAGUUACAUUCCAUUCCAGAUUUUCAAAUUACUGGAUUAUCUGGAUGGAAAGUAGCUGGCGUGGCAGGUAUCCAGGCCGCUUAGCGUUCGCUUGCGGUUUUAAGCUCGACUAUAUCGACGCCUCCUCCGACGUGUUCGCUCUUUUUAAAUAGAGAAGAAGAAUCACGUUUCAAGUCCAAUCGAAUGGCUGAGAUUCCAUCAUGAAAACCUGGGAUUCCUUACAACGCGAAAGAUAUUUUAUUCACUGCGAAAAGACACUUUUUACUUCGCCAAAUAUCGUCGAAAGGCGCCGAUAUGGGGCUCCUACGCGUUCCAAGUGGAAACAUUUAACAUUUACGCGUUACAGUAUUUUACAAAUUAUUAUACGUAAUAAUUAUAUCGUGUACGUAUGUAAUUAAGUAAUCAAAUCAUUUAGCGUUGUUGAUUGUACGGUGUGAGAUCAGGUAAUGUAAUUUUACGGAAAAUGUAUAAUAGCUGUAUUUCACGCAUCCUUGUCUAGGGGAUGGUUUUAAGAAUAAAGAUAAUUUGUAAAAAUGUUAUAUAAAUUUCAUUUUUCUUCCAUAUUACAGUUAUUUGAUUUAUCACCGAGUAACUAAGUAUCUUUUGUUAUUCUAUUAUUCUAUUUGUUAUUAAUUCACGUCUUCUCCGAUCGAUUUCUUCUGUUUUCACUUAAGAGUGUCUUACAGCUAAUAUUACACUAGUAGUCGUAAUGCAAUUUCAAUAUAAGUUUCUAGUAUUCGUUUCGCUUACAUAAUUUUCAGCGAUCCGGCAAGAUGGUCGGCAAAAACGUUGAAGAAACGAUCAAUCGCGCGCCUUCUAUGUACUUCGCGUAACAAUCGACUAACUGAAACGUCUCGGUAACAGGCAUGAGAUAACGCGGCUGAUCGAGAAACGAUUUCGCGUAAGAACACCGCCUUUAGCCGAGGGGCAAAAACCAAAACGCUUUCGCGGGGCCAACGUUCCCAAGUACCGUUAUGUCACUCGAUUGUGCCGCGAUCGAUACGAUCUCGACGCCAACGUUUCGUUCCAGUGAUCAUGGAAAGCGUGAAAUCGGUCGUGCGGCACGUGGCGCGAUUUGUCCGAGUUAUCGAUCGUUAUCCUUCGACUCGUGAAUUCAUCGAUCAAAGAUAAAUGCGUCGACGAAGAUAUAAAUUCGUCGUUGGAAGAAUAGCGAUUCGAUUUGUCGGAGCAAGUGGUUUCCAAAUAGAAUUUGGAAAUUUUUAUGUACCUUCGGCAUACUAAGAUCUCUUAAUCUACAAACUUUUCUUCCAUUUAUCCAUGAAAAUGAUCCAAUUUUUUUAUGAUAAAAGGCAACUCUUCACGCAAGCGGAUAUACAAUACAUUUUUUAAAAGAUAAAUGAACGGUUUAAUUCGCAACACGUUAUAGCCCGAAUUCUUAAACGUCAACGGGAUCUUCCGAUCAGUCCAGACAGGUAUUUUAGAGCUUUAAGGACGAAGAACAAUGGUCCAAAAUAUUUUCCGAACUAAACCAUAAAAUUGCAACACGCGGAUAUUUCGGGACGUAUCAACGUUCGUAUAGCUCACAGAACCACUUUAAACCAAUAUAACUAAACUAAUCAAGUACCUUUAAAUCAAUUUACUCAACGUGAACAUUAAACGAAAAUACUCGUCUCAAUCACUAAAAUUGCCCAUUUCGUCAUCCACUUUGACUUUCAAUCGAAAAGGCUUCAGAUUAAUUCCAUCAACUUUAAAACCCCUCACUUGCUAUCUAUCGUUAUAUUUUGCCAAUCGAAACGCGUCGAUUUUCGAAGCGGCGGUACCACCGAGAUCCAUCGACUGGUGAAAUCUUCGAAAUCGUUGCGAAAUCCCUUCGAUCUCCGGCAUCUGCCUUCUGCCUUCCGAUAUCCCUUCUGCUUGGAAGAAAAUUCGCGACAGAACCGAGUGGGAGGAGCUGGAUAAAGCAGCCUCUGCCGAUGUUUACCAACAAACGAUCGACAUCGAUAUCGGUGAAUCGAAAGCAUCGGAAGCAUGUGGCGUGGACCGGUCGUUGUGUUGCUCCUUCUCGUCUGUCGCGAUUCGCUCGAAGCUGGAGAUCGCGACGACGACGCAAGUGUGGACGAGUUGUUGCGUCGAGACGUCCGUGAACCGGCAUGGUCGACCUUCGCCACGAAAGUCGAGGAUUUACUCGGAGAGGGAAACUCGCCGGAGAAAGAGAAAACUGGCAAGAAGGGCGCGAAGAAUGCGUCUGGCAAAUCAGACGAGGGAGGAUACUACAAAACGUACGGCAGCGACGCUGAGGGCGAGAAGGGUUACUUGACGGCAACCUACAGCAAGGGCAAUCACGGCUAUAAGAGCCUCGACACCUUCCACAAGCAGGAUGGCGACAAGUACGCAUUCGAGAAGCACGUUGCCUACGGCAAAGCGCGUGCUGACAAGAAAAGUAGCCACAACGACGAGGCAGCCUCUCGUUCCAGGAAAGCCGGUGAUCACGAGGGUGCAGAUACCAUCGUCGAUGCCCAUUAUGCAACCAACGAGGGCGAUCAUCACGACGGUGGCGAAGAACACGAUGCUGAAGCCAACGAUCACGGGAGCUAUACUCACGAAGAUGGCGCUCACUAUAUGGCUCAUGGACCAGAAUCUUCGAGUUAUGGACAUAGUGAAAGCUACACGGACGGAGAGGGUGAACAUAGUUCUUACGGAAGCUACAGCUCCUAUUCGAGAGGCUCUGGCCACGAACACGGUGGCGACGGAGACCAUUACUAUUAAUCCUUUGCCAAAUGGCUGAUGUUUAGUUGUCCGAUUUUCUAUGUAAUGUAUUAUUACGGCAAAAGUGUGCCUAAUUUCGAGACCAGAACGGUAUAAGUGG